UAACCACGCACCUAACAGCUGAAAACCAAGUUCCGUUCAAGGGUCCCUCGGAGCCUGCACGUAUUUGACCACGCCGAAGAGUCACGCCGGAUGAAACCGACCGGGCAGUGUUUGGAAAGGCCCACAUGCGAACAACGAAACGGCACGUGCGAGGGCGCAUGACCGCCUAACCCUCGCCAAUCGUAAUCGGCUCUCAGCCCCACUCCCGAAACCCACAAACUGUUGCUCGAGAAAUUCUGACGGCGAACUUCCCCUCAACGGAAAUCCCAAACCCAUCGAUAACCUCGACUACUAACCAUCUACAGCAUCAAUCAGUCAAGAUGGUUAACCUGAGGACCCAGAAGCGGCUGGCGUCGUCCGUGCUGGGCUGCGGCCAGCGCAAGAUCUGGCUCGACCCCAAUGAGGUGUCCGAGAUCUCCAACGCCAACUCCCGCCAGACGAUCCGCAAGCUCGUUGCCGAUGGCCUCAUCAUUAAGAAGCCCGUCACCAUGCACUCGCGCUCGCGCGCCCGCGAGUUGAACCUCGCCCGCCGGAUCGGCCGCCACCGCGGCUUCGGUAAGCGCAAGGGUACCGCCGAUGCCCGUAUGCCCGAACAGGUUCUGUGGAUGCGCCGCCAGCGGGUCCUCCGCCGCCUGCUCGUCAAGUACCGCGCCAGCGGCAAGAUCGACAAGCACCUCUACCACGAGCUGUACCACCUCGCCAAGGGUAACACUUUUAAGCACAAGCGGGCGCUCGUUGAGCACAUCCACCGUGCCAAGGCUGAGAAGGCGCGCGAGAGGCAGAUCAAGGAGGAGAUGGACGCCAAGCGGGCGCGGACCAAGGCUGCUCGCGAGCGCAAGCUGGAGAGGCAGACGGCGAAGCGGAACGCGAUGCUGGGCGAGCUCGAGGAGGAAUCCAAGUAGACUGUUUUCAUCUCAGGGACGA